AUGCAGUACGUGCGCAACCUCAGCGACUCCGUCUCGACAGCCUGGAACUCCAUAAACCCGGCCACUCUCAGCGGUGCUAUCGAUGUCAUCGUCGUUGAACACGAGGAUGGCGACCUGUCAUGCUCACCCUUCCACGUCCGCUUCGGCAAGUUUUCGCUCCUGCGGCCAUAUGAGAAGAAGGUCGAGUUCAGAGUCAAUGGAGUCAAGCAAGACUACUCCAUGAAGCUCGGCGAGGGGGGCGAGGCUUUCUUCGUCUUCGAGACCACGGAAAACAUCCCCGAGUCACUCCAGACCUCGCCGCUCGUCUCGCCCGCGAGCAGCCCGCCCUUGCAGCCGACUCAGCCUGAUCUCCGUGACCCGGAGCCUCUGGAGCUGGAUGAUGGGACAUUGCGGCAGCGCAGGCCGCCGCCCGCUGUCAUCCACCAGCCUGGCGAGAACGGCAUGCUGACACCAGCCUCUACGUCUCCAGCCCUGUCCAAAGCUCGACCUGCGUCGGGCGACUGGUCUGCAACCCUGACGAGACCCCACAGCGACGACCUCCUUCGACAAUCCGCGCGCGCCGCUGAGCGCGACGAGAACCGGCCUGCCGAAGGAGCGAGCGUGGACAUGUCCGAGAGGUCGCACAGCCCACCGCCACUCCCGACAAAGGAGGCCCUCGAGCGAGCCGCGACCCUAUCCAAAGAGCUUUCGGCGGCCAACAUCCCAACAAAGGUCACGGAGACGGGAGACCUCAUGCUGGACAUGACGGGCUUCAAGAGCAGCGAAGAGGAUAUGCUUCGAGCCGAAGUCCUUGCCCGAAAAGUCUUGUCGGAGGAGCUGGAUGGCAACUACGACAUUGGCGCCCUGUUUGGCUUCGACGAGGAGGGCAACCUCUGGAUCUACACGAGCGAGGAGGCGAAGCAGGCGGCCAUGAACAAGACGAUAGAGUCGUCUCUGCAGGCCCACCGCCAGGCCGUGGCUGCUGAUGCCGUUUCCGACCCCGGCUACCAGAGCGAUGGCAGUGACGAGACCGCGGCCCCUCAUCCCCCGUCGCAUCGGCGUUCCGAGUCGGACGCAGGCCCGUCGGGCAUGCAGACGCCGCCGCGAACACCACCCGAGUCGGCUCCGGCUGGUGAUCCGAACCGCAACUACGCCAAGACCUUGCGUCUGACCAGCGAUCAGCUCAAGGCUCUGGAUCUGAAGCCCGGCGAAAAUUCCAUGAGCUUCACCGUGAACCGCGCGACUUGCUCCGCCAACAUGUAUCUCUGGAAGGAGGAGACCCCCGUCGUCAUCUCGGAUAUCGAUGGCACCAUCACCAAGUCGGACGCCUUGGGCCACGUGCUGAACAUGAUCGGACGAGACUGGACGCACGCUGGCAUUGCAAAGCUCUACAGCGACAUCUCCUUGAACGGCUACAACAUCAUGUAUCUGACCUCGCGGUCCGUUGGACAAGCCGACACUACCAGGGCAUACCUCAAUGGCAUUGUUCAGGAGGGAUGUCGGAUGCCGCCUGGACCCACCAUCCUGUCUCCAGAUAGGACCAUGGCAGCGUUGCGUCGUGAGGUGUACCUGCGAAAGCCCCACGUCUUCAAGAUGGCUACAUUGCGAGACAUUCGCAACCUCUAUGGCCCGGACCGCCUCGCCUUUUACGCUGGCUUUGGCAACCGACUCACGGACCAAAUCUCGUACAGGACCGUCGACGUGCCUCGAACGAGGAUCUUUACCAUCAACUCAAACUCCGAGGUGUCUCUUGACCUGUUGAGUCUUAACAAGCUCAAGAUGAGCUACGUCAACAUCAACGAGGUCGUGGACCAUUACUUCCCGCCGGUGGGCACCCUGGUCAAGGGCGGCGGCGAGGAUUACACCGACUUCAAGUAUUGGCGAGACGACCCGCUGGACCUCGACGAGUUCUCCGCGAGCGACAGCGACGAGCCAGACGCCCCAGCCGACCAGGCCAGUCUGUACUCGGAAGACGACGACGAAGAGGUUGGUGACGGUCUCGCUGACAGCUACAUCUCUCGAGGGUCCAUGGAUGAGGGCGUCGAUGACGAACACCUGGCGCAGUCGAUGGAGAGCGUCGAGGAGGAGGACGACCUUGAGGACGCAGAUGAGGAAGACGGGGACGAGGAGUACGACGACGAAGACGAGGCUGAGUAUGACGAUGAGACGCCGGUGGUUCAGCCGGUCACGAAGACCAAGACUGCCUCUCCUCAAGCGGUGGAGGAGGACGUCUCGGCUGAGGUGAUCACAGGGGUUCGUCACUUAUCCGUGGGCGGGAGCGCAAGCAGACUGAGCUAA